AUGUUCAUCCCCAAUGAAUUCGUGAACCAAUGGUACAUCACUUUAGGUAAUGAAGGGAAUAGAAGGCACAUGUAUUACUAUUUUGCUACUUCAGAACGCAAUCCUUCAAAAGAUCCAAUUGUAUUUUGGACUAAUGGUGGUCCUGGAUGUUCAGGAAUGAAUGCCAUUGUAUACUUUCAUGGUCCUUUCAAGAUCGAGGACGAUCAGGAUUAUAUGAUCAAUGGGGUGAAAGUAAACCUAAAUCCUUUUCGUUGGACCAAGGUGUCUAACCUUGUUGUUAUGGAUUCACCUAUUGGUACUGGAUUCUCAUAUGCUGAUAACAGUGAGUGUUACGAAACUGAUGAUUCCAAAACUAUAGCAGAUCUAUAUGCCUUUGUUUUAAAGUGGUUUCAUGAAUAUCCUGAAUUCUUGUCCAAUCCACUUUACAUUACGGGAUGUUCAUAUGGUGGAGCUUAUGUCCCAACUUUGUCAGUAAAAAUUGUGAAAGGUAUAGAAGAAGGGGUGAAGCCGAACUUAAAUUUCAAGGGCUACUCUGUAGGCAAUGAGCUUACAGAUUAUGAUAUUCUUUUAGAAUCUAAGGUUCCAUUUGCUCAUCGAAUGGGACUCAUUUCAGAUAAACUAUAUGAGGAUUUAAGAAUAUCAUGUCAAGGGAAUUAUUGGAAUUCCAUCCACCCUGAUUGUCUGAGGAAAAUGGAAGCGUUUAAGAAGAAUACUGGUGGGAUAAAUGUUGAACAUGUUCUUCUCCCACAUUGCCAUGUUGAUAUGGGUAUGAGCAGGAGUACUCGCUAUGCGGAGGAAAGGUUUCAAAUGUAUGAUGGUUGUGAAGAGAAUGGAUACGAAGUUGAGUGUGUAGGAACAAAUGAUAUAGGAGUUUCAGAAAAUGCAAAUGCAUAUCAGCACGUUCGGGAAAUCUACUGCUACGUAGAAGUAGCUGGAAGGUGGAAAAGGUGCACCGAUGAGCUGAAAUAUCGAUAUGAAAAGAUAAGCUUGAUCCAACAUCACUUAAAUCUCACAUUGAAAGGUUAUCGAGCCUUUAUUUACAGUGGGGACCAUGACAUGACUGCUCCAUAUAUUGGAACCUUGGAAUGGAUAAGAAGGUUGAAUUAUACAGAGUUGGAGAGCUGGCGACCAUGGUUCGUAGGACCCCAGAUAGCAGGAUACACAGUUCAAUAUGAGCACAACCUGCUUUUUGCUACAUUCAAGGGGGCUGGGCACACUGCAGCAGAAUUCACACCUCGCGAAUCACUGGUGGCCUUCCAACGAUGGAUUGACGGUGCUGAUAACCUCUAAAUGGACUUCACCUUGGAAAUGAGAAAUAUGUAACAGUUUAACCCAUUUGAGUUGGUAAUUUUUACGGGUAACCUAAAUACACAUCUCCCGCCAUUCUCCCUCUCUCACACGUCCACUUCUGUCUCUCAAGCUCGACUCAAAACAUAGCAGAGCAUUAUCAUCGUCUCUCUUCCCUGGUAAGCCUUAACUCCUCUCUCUCUUUAUAGCCUUUUCUCCACUCUAAUAAAAACCGUUCGCCCUCUCUAGUUUUCACAUCCACUUCUCUCUCAAGCUCGUCUCAAAACCUAGCACAGUUUCAUCACUAUUUAUUCUUUUCUGGUAAGCCCUAACUCCUCUUUCUCUAAAUCCUUCUCUCUCUUCUUUAGCGUUAACUAAUGGUUCGCAUGUGCUUCUGCUCAACCCCUUUCUCUCUUCUUUUUUCUUGGAAGAUAAGCCCAACAGAGAAUCAUCAUGAUUUUUGGGCUUUUUUAGAACAGUUUCUGGGUUCUUUCGUUCGGAGUAGGAUGACAUGAGAGCGUUCAGUAGUAGGCUUUGAUUCUUCUUUGUCCCAGCUGUUUACCUUUGGUAUCUUUGUUAUACAUGGCUUUAUUAAUCCAUGGCAUUAUUUUUUCUUCCCGCCAUUCCUUCCCCUAAAAUACCUCUUUGUUUUACACAGUCCCACAGGACGAUGGUCAUAUGAUUGAUUACAUUUCAACAGCCUCUCUCACAAUUUCAUAUGUGCUCAAACUUGGAUGUUCCGAAAGAAGACUGUAAUGCCCUUUAAUAAAAUUAAAACAUGAAAUAUGUAGGAGAUAACUCUCCCCUUGCACAAAGAGGGGAAUAUAUCUAUCACUAAAAGCAAUGCUCCAACACCAGUAGAAGUCUUCACCAUUAUUGGGUUUUUUGAUAACUCAUCACCAUUUUUGGAUUGUUUUGGGAAAAUCGGCCUAGUAGAGCAUCACCUUCUUUUUUGAUCUCACAAUUUUUGCAGCUCCGUUAAUUAUGCAUUGGCUGAAAUGGAUUUUUCCAGCUCAUUCAAACAUAGGCAAACAAUAGCAAUGUAUUUUUCAGGUUAUAUUUCGAUGCUACCCAAAUAGUAACAAUCCAUUUGGAGCAAUGUACUAUGCCAGUGAUAUAUUACAUCAGUAAUAUAUUUAUUAGACAAUGUAUUUCCAAGUAUUCAAAUGAUCUCUUGGUGCA